CAUCAACGAUCCAACAUGAUAAAGUUCACUCUACUGAGCAUUCUGCUUGUUGCCUUGUCUCUGGCCAACGCGGCAUUGCUGACAUCUCAGGCACCCGAGGAAACCCAGGCACCCGAGGAAACCCAGGCACCCGAGGGAACCCAAACGCCUGUCCUGGAGGAGUAUCCACCCCUGGAGGAGGCUAUCACUGCUGACGAAGUUGACAUCGCCGAUAAGCUGAAUGAUCAAGACGAUCCAGAAAACCGUCAAGUAGUGUGCACCGAUGGAGUGGAGUAUCUGGCAGAUCCAACAAACUGUGGAAGAUUCUACCAAUGCUCCAACGGCGUUCCGUACCGCUUUGAUUGCCCGGCCGGCCUGUAUUUCAACAUCAAGCUGAACGUUUGUGACUGGCCCUCUAACGUAAACUGCGAUCUGGAUAGAUGCGACAGAAUUCGGGUGGGCCGCCUGUCGGGAACAGAAGACGAUGCCCAGUCAACAGUUCGCUGCCCACGGGGAUACUUUCCAAUCAACUGUGCCGCAUCUGAUCAGGGAAGAAGUGACGGUGUCUUUGUGUCCGGUCGGGAAUGUACCGCAGUGAACAGCGCUGGAGGUAGAGGACAGAGGGCAAUUGCAACCUGUGUAUCUGCAAAUGAUGGAGACUACAUUUCUGUGACAAGUGGAUCUUGGGAGCGGGCGCCUAUUGCCCGAUGCCCCCGGGGAUACAGGGUGAUCAACUGCUUUAUCAGAAACGCAUGGAACCCAGUGCGCUUCGCCUACCCGUUCACAGUCCUGCCCGGGAACUAUUGCCGUGCUGACUCCACAUGUACAAAAGGGGAUGGUUGUAUUGCACAGGCUGUGUGUCGUAGACGACCCAGAUCUUAAAACUCCACGAUCAAUCAGAAAUUUCCGCUGAUAAACCCACUAUAAAAGCCUAUAAUUAUCAAAGUGUUAAAGCAAAAGCAACAAAUUUGUUUUCUUUAAACUAAAAAUCUUUGUUUUCAGGUUUUUUUUCUAAGAUGUGAAGGAGGUUGACUUUUAUAUAUUUGGGCGGUUUGAAAUGCGACGAAAAUUCACUCUUGCAUUAACAAAUCAUCAUUUCUAAAAUCAUCUUAAAUAAAACUGAUUACGCUA